CGCCACCCACUCGAACGUCAUUACGUGACACGUCACACCUGCAUGUCCAUUGCGCUGCCAGCCAGAGCCUUGCGGAUAUAAAGUGAGAUAUCGCGAAAGUUUGCUCGUUCAUCUUUACUUGAGCUACCAAGCCUAGGCUGCUGAACUGCCGAAUCCCAGCCCCUAGCUACAACGACAAUCAGACUUUGACCAUUCGAAGCUUCAGGAAAUUUUUUGAAGAUAGCCUAGUCUUCAACAAUGUUUCCACAGAAACUUUUGAACCAAAUGCGACUUCCUUGCGUGUGAUUCUGUGAAUCUCACCUACGGUCGCCACCUGGGGAAUGGCGCUGAGCCUGCAGCAAUGAGCAGACAGAAGCAGAAAAUUGGCUAAUCAUAAGGUCUCGGAUUGAUGCAGGCGCAACGCCAUAGGUCUACCGUACAUGUCGGUGGCCUCCUCAAAGCCAACUCGUGGAACGUCAGUUUGAUAGUGUUGAUGUACAUGUAAGUCUUAUUCUCCAACUCGAGCCCCUGCUAAUAACCACCAGAGAGGAAAGAUACAUUUACUUCUUAUUUGACUAAUUCGCCAAGAUGCACUUUUGGCCUUUAUCAGAGGUUGAAAUCUCGCAGCCUGCUCCAAGAAAUUCUGGCAUUUUCCACUUCUUCUUUGUCUCCCUCUGACUUUUGUGAUCAUCUUUUCAACUGCACAUUGUCAGCGUUCAGGCAAGAUGGGUCACACUUCAAACGACCUGGUUCUUUCUCAGCCCAUCUCUCAACCUGCUCUUGAUCAAGAUGUCCAGCUCGGUAUGAUGUACGAUGCGCGGACGUCACAGUUCUUCAGUGGUAUUUCUCUCUGGGAUAACAGUACCGUCAAUCCCACUGCGGAGAUCGACACCAAGCAACUCCAGGGGGCUGAGUUCCACUUCUCGGAAUCACUUGAGGAGUCACGCAAGAAUAGCUCGUUGGGGCUUGAGGGCUCGCUGGGCCUCGAUCUUCAGCUGGUCACCGCAACGGGCGCAGCCAGGUACCUUGGUGACAAGAAAUCAAGCACCCAUGAGGCACGCAUUGAUGUAUCGUGCUCUGUGGUGCGUCGCACGCGUCGCAUUCCCCAGGAGACCUUGGCCGCUAUGAAGUACGAACAAUACCUCGACAGUGACCGUUUCACACACUUCGUCUCCGAGGUGGUUGAAGGCGGCAGCGCUACCCUCAGCUAUGUUCAGUCCUGCUCCACUGCCGACGAGGCCAGGAAGGUCACGAGCGAGCUCAGAGCUGGCGUUGCGAAUAUUCCCGUCAAUGGGUCUGCCACGGUGGACUUCUCAAAACAGAUGGACGAGAAGUUCGAAAACGUCAGGAUCUCAUACAGUGGCGCCAUCGCCGAAAGUGUAUCUAACCUUGACGAUGCCCGACGCGUUACAGCAGAAAUGCCCGAGAAGCUAGCGCAACAGAUGAACACUCUCUCUUACAAGCUCUUACCACUCUCUACUAUCAACAGCAAGGUGAAGUGCCUCAUACGGGCUCUUGACUCUCAAUUGGUCAACAAGACAGCAAAGACGCUCCAUGCUGGAUUGACAAUCACCCUUAAGCUGCAAGACCUCGCUCAGCUCGAGGUAUUCCGAAAACACUUCCUUGCCAUUGGACGCCAGAUAUCCAAUUUUCAAGCCAUAUUCGCCGAUGCUCAAACCAGCUUCACGAACGAUGCACGUCAAUUGCUGCCUGAGUUGCGGGAUGUUAGGACUGAUAAGAAUGAGAAGAUCUCUGAGCUUCAAACAACCGUCACUCUCUUUGAGCAGCGCAUCGCCAUAGCUGAGAAAUUUAUCAAGCGAAAGGAGAAUGAAGCUUUUGUUCUGAAUGGGACUGUCGCGGCGCUUGUUGAGGACAAAUUUGUCAACCACCUCGGCGCCGCCGGCGGACUGCAACACCAGUCGAUGGUCGACGUACAGAGACCGAGGCUAUUUUUGUCCUUGAGCGAUCGUUUCGUCGGGGCCAAGACCCACCCACUACAAGAGGCCCUUUUGAAGGCACCUGGUGAUACAGGAGACCGCGUCGGCACAUCGGACGACGACUCUGACGAUGACGUAGAAGAAGAAUGGUUCGAAAACGAACAAAUUGUCUCCAACGUCAGGCAGUCUUGCGCGACUCUUCGUCAACAACGGCUGCUAUCAGGAGGUGCCGUCGAGUUCGGGAUCGCUUUCAUACAGAGAGCUUACCGUCCCGGAACCGAGGAAGGGAAAAGGGUGAAGACCAGCAUGGGAGACAUUCUCUUGGACAGCCCGAACAGCCCCACCAAGCAUCUCAUCGUCACAGGUCUGCUCCCCAAGGCACCUGCCAGCCCUCAACUCACAGUGCUCGGUCAGAGCAUCACCGUCUCUUGGGAUCGAGAGCCAGAAGAGCGAGAAGAGCGAGAAAGAUCGGCCUUCCCAAUCACGGGCUUCAUCUUGCAAUACCGCCGUCAGAAGAAUACUCAGAAAGACGGAGCUUUCCCCCGGGCAGGCGAGAACGAGAAAGUGACGGAAGCGAAGUUCUCCGCUUCCACAAGUACAGUACUACUUGAGGAUUUGCCGGAUGACUGCGACCAUAGUAUAGCCAUCAGCGUCGAGACACUCAUCGGUCCUUCGGAAUGGAGCAUACCUGCUGUAGGCCGCACAGCCAAGUUGCCGUCCGUGGCUUCGGAGAUGGUUGCGUUCUUCGCCAAGAAUAGGGCUUCACUAUCUCAGGGAACACCCGGCUCUAUGUUGACACCAUGGGGUCUUGACCAGUCUGGUCGCAAAGCAACUCUAUUCCUGGGGCUCGAGGAAGUGGCUUCGCGGACGACCUCAGACCGGAGAUUUGGAGGCGAAGUUGUUGUCCGCAUCAUGGAUGUCGCGCCUCAAUUCAAGCCCGAGAUACAAGCAUCCGAUAUCACUGAUAUGGAUAACACUUUGGUGGUCGUUUUUGCUGGUACUAGCGGUCACGGAAAGAGCACCCAGAUCAAUGCAUUUAUCUCGUUUCUCUUCGGUGGUGUGAUAGACGAUGAGGCACGCGUACUGGUUGUCGAUGAUCGUGGUGCCAAUCAGGCCGAAUCGGUGACACAGAUUGUCAACUGUUACAGGAUUCGACCACUCAAUCCUCUAUUCUAUGGCAGAACGAUUCUCGUUGUCGAUACUCCUGGCUACGGUGACACCAGAGGGGUGGCGCGCGACGCAUUUGUGACCGCCGCCAUGUCAGAAUUCUUCAAAACGGUCACACAUGUCAACGCCAUCAUCUUCACUUGCCGCGCCAACGAGACACGCACCACAAUCCUCGAGCCCGUGGCGACGUAUGUGUUUUCUCUCUUCGCUAAAGACGUCAAAUCGUGUCUCAGAACCAUCUACACCUUUAGUGACGCCGGUGAGCCCCUCGCUCGCGCGACCUUGAGAAAGCUGGAAUGGCCCAUCGAGAAUGGAGAGAUUUCCGUCAAUAACAGUGCAUUCAGCAUCAAUCCAACAGGCGUCCAGAGUGAUGCCUUCCGUGACGGCUGGAUCCAGUGCGUCAGAGGACAAUUCCAGGUCAUGCAAAUGCUCCAUUCCAUGACGCCAAUUCCUACGAUCAACAGCGCCCAGGUGACGAAAGAUCGAAUCCUACUGGAGCAAAAGUGUCAACUUGCAGAAAAGAAAAUCCUUCGCACGGCAACUGAGGCCCAGAACUUGAUUGCAAAUAUGGGAGCACUCGCUAAAGCCGUUGGUGCUGCUCCCGGCCAGAAAGUCAAGAUCACACAUGACGUGGCGGUGCAGAAAGACCUUCCCGCAGGCCUAGCCACCACUUUGUGCCUUGAGUGCAACUUCACCUGCCACGAAGUAUGCCGCCUACGCGAUGACGGAUCGAAGUACUUCUGUGCUGCCAUGAACUAUGGCAAUUGUACUGUUUGCAAGCAACAUUGCAGCUGGAGAAAACACAAAAACAGUCGAUACAUGAUUGUCAUUGAGGAGCGCAGUCAGUGGCUUAUGCCGGAGGAACUCAUCAAACGCUGGAACUCAAACAACAAUUCCCUUGAGGGAGCCCUUCUCAAGGCCAUAGAAAUCUACCUUAAACUCCAAACAGAGUUGCGGGAUGAUCUCAUCGAAUUAGCCGAUUUGAGUGAGCAGCUCACGAAGAGAGCAAUGUUCAACAGGGGGUUAGGCCUCAUCAAAUACGUCGAGAGGUUAAUUAGCGUUGCAGAAGCACGCGGUGCACCAAAGGAGCAGCUAGAACAGCUCGCAACGGCUAAGAAUACCUUGAUUCUUGCGGCAGAAAUUCACAGGCGGGGAGAGGGCGCGACACGGGACUCCAGCAUCUUGCUCGAUGUCAUGGGUGCUGUUCAAAAGGAGAUGAAGAGGCGGAUGAUGCUAUCUCCGAACAAACGGGCGAAGGAGGAGGAAAUGCCCUGCAACCUGUACAACGAUCUCUGCGACAAACUGCCAGCUGAAAUCAAGAACAAAGCCCCGAAGCCUUUGAGAACGCCAGGCAACUUCUCGCGAGGGGCCUUGUAUCCGGCGAAUUUGCAAGCAAUUGUCACUCUGGUUCAACUCGUACUCAAGGACGGUGGGGUUGUGGCUGCACUUGCCAGUCCAGACUACCGCACAGCUGAGUCUGAGGGGGUCAACUCGACGUCGGAAGUGAGAGGGACAAGCAACGAGGUUGGUCAUAGAAUCGAUAAGCGCGCUUUCCUCUCAGCCUUCCUGCCGAGAUGUAUGUAGGGGAAGCUCGAAAGACGAAAAGACGAGGCUCUAGUCAUGUCGUCCUUGGCGGCUUGCUCUGGGCAUGAGAACCAAUGACGUUUUUCUUUGCUACGGACAAGAAAAAGAUUGUAAUUCGGGAAAGCUACGGGUUAUUCUCUUAAGCUGGUAAGUUGCGCGAUUUCCUUUUGGUUUUCUGGUUGAUACUACCUUCUGUCUUUCAUUUCCUAUCUGGUGGAGGACGGAAUAAAUACGUGGACAUGUGACAAUCAUGAAGUGGAAGUACCGAAUAAACACUUGGGUUUUGUUUCUCAUAUCAAGCCGUACCAUCUUUAGAACCUAUAUCAAAUCCACUCGUUCUGUUCAGG